CCCCUCCCCCCUCUACUCUGCCGCCACCAGCCUAACACCACUCUGCAGCUCCUAAUAUAGACCCAACUGGUUUGUAGGAAAGGGUAACAAACCAAACAGUCCCUGUCAUUCGGGACCUUUUUGUUCAUGGACAAGCAGGAUAAUGGAGCCUCUUUCACAGGUGUCGUGUUCAACAGAGGAGGCGAAGGUGAAGAAACAAGGUACGUUUACAAGGACCGCUCUGUUGCAGCUGUGCACAUGCAGGCAUUUGUACAUUUCUUGGUAUGUGUUAGUGCGUCACAUAUCGUUUGCAUGCGUCUGUCUCCACGCUGAUGAACCGCUGUGGGUUCUCCCAGAGGCUGAUACCACGGUCUACCUGAACUUCAUGAAAAGUCACACUUGCUACGACGCCAUUCCAAUCAGCUGCAAACUGGUCAUAUUUGACACAACAUUACAGGUGAAAAAGGCCUUUUUUGCCCUGGUGGCAAAUGGCUUGAGGGCUGCGCCGCUCUGGGACAGCAAGCUGCAGAGGUUUGUGGGUAUGCUGACUAUUACUGAUUUCAUCAACAUACUCCAUUGUUAUUACAAGUCACCAAUGGUCCAAAUGUAUGGACUGGAGAGCCAUAAGAUUGAAACGUGGAGAGGUGAUUCCCUUCAAAAUGUGUACUUAAAGUCUCCAACUCAGUUCCUUAUCAGUAUUUCUCCGCAGGCCAGCCUCUUCGAUGCCAUCUAUUCCUUACUCAGAUACAAGAUCCACAGGCUGCCUGUCAUCGACCCAGAGUCGGGAAACGUUCUGCACAUCCUGACUCACAAGCGAAUCCUCAAGUUCCUGCACAUAUUUGGAAAAAAUUUGCCCAAGCCUGCAUUUGUAAAGAGGCCGGUCCAGGAACUGGGCAUCGGGACGUUCAGGAACAUUGCUACAGUCCACCAAACAUCAUCGCUUUAUGAAGCCCUGUCCAUAUUUGUGGAGCGGCGAGUGUCGGCACUCCCUGUGGUGGAUGGGCAAAGCAAAGUGGUGGCACUCUACUCAAGAUUUGAUGUCAUCAAUCUGGCAGCCCAGAAGACCUAUAACAACCUGGACAUGACGAUGGAGGAAGCCAUUCGCAGACGGACGUGUUGCGUUGAGGGUGUGAUGAAGUGCUAUCCCGAUGAAUCUUUAGAAACGGUCAUAGAUCGGAUAGUUAAAGCAGAGGUCCACCGGCUGGUUCUGGUGGACAGGUUGGACGUUGUGAAGGGCAUUAUCUCUCUGUCUGACCUCCUGCAGGCUUUGGUCCUUACACCUGCAGGGAUUGAUGCUCUUCUAUCCUAGGAGGAAAUAAAAGAAGUUCCUCUUUUCUGCCUUUGCAGGCUUGACGUCUGGCAAUGUGCAGAAGCAGAGAAUGACUGAAAGGAGAGACGAUUACCAGGCGAUGCCGUUUACAGUAAGAUGAUGAGUGUCUCCAAUCCCAUCUCUCAUGAGGCUCCCCACAGACUCAGUUUGCACAACGUGAUCAAUAUGUUUACUCACUGUAAUCCUGUGUUUGUAUUAAAUACAUGUGAACAGAUC